CCUGGAAAGUUUGGUGCAUCAUCAUAAGUCCAGACAACUCUCUGAGGAGCUACCUUGAUCUUCCUUCUCUGCCAUCAAAGGUGGCAUCGUUAAGAAGACCUGCAGAUUUAAAUUCAACAAAACCUCCGCAGAUCAUCAAGGGCACAUUUUCUUGACGUUAAAACCACUGGAGCGUCUCUGAGUGCUGGCCAACAGAUUUGUUCGAAUAGCACCAAUUCAUAAAGAGUUUGUUUGGAUCUAACCAUGGAGCCAACAGGACAGAGCAAACCAUCUGGAUCUUUCCACAAAAUCCUCAGACUGGUUCUCUUCAGUGUUUUUAUUCUUGAACUUUUUAUGACUAUCUUUUUGAUGUACUAUAAACCACCCACUACCUGGUUAAACCAUCGAUCAUCAGAUUCCACAAAGAACAUCCAGAAUGUUUAUACCGCAACCAAUGACAAAAAUAUGACUAUAGUUCUCAUCUGGCUGUGGCCCUUUGGAACAAAAUAUGAAGCGAACGUCUGCAGCUCCAUCUUCAACAUCGAGGGCUGCUUCAUUACAGCAGACAGAAACUUCUACAGCAAAUCGGACGGUGUCGUCAUCCAUCACAGAGAAAUUGCUGGGGACCUGUCCAACUUGCCGAAAUCACAGAGACCUCCGUUCCAGAAAUGGAUCUGGAUGAACUUUGAGUCGCCGUCAAAUUCAGAGCAGAUUCCCGGGAUUAAUAACUUGUUCAAUCUGACUCUCGGUUACCGUCGAGAUUCCGACAUCCAUGUGGCUUAUGGGUCUAUCGUAGCAGCAGAUACUGUGGAGGACUUUGUACCACCAAGCAAAAACAAACUAGUCUGCUGGAUCGUCAGCAACUGGAGUCCCGAUUUUACGAGAUCAAAAUAUUAUGACGAGUUGAAGAACCAUAUUAAAAUUCAAACAUACGGACGUGCCUUUCAGAAAUCUCUCUCUAAAAAUGAUUACCUCAAUACUAUGUCGAGUUGCAAGUUUUAUUUGUCCUUUGAGAACUCAGUCCACAAGGACUACAUCACUGAAAAACUCUACAUCCCCCUUUCUGUGGGCACAGUGCCGGUGGUUCUUGGCACGACCAGAGAAAACUACGAGAACUUUGUUCCGAGAGAUGCUUUUAUCCACGUGGAUGAUUUUAAGUCACCCAAAGAGCUGGCUGACUACCUGCUUCUUCUGGACAAGAACCAAGAACUGUACCUUGAGUACUUCAGAUGGAGACGGCACUUCAGAGCAUCAAUCAAUUCCGUUGCAGAGAACACAUGUAAGGCCUGUAAUUACCUGAGAUGGAAAAAUGAAUACAGGGCAUUUAAAAACCUUAACAAGUGGUUCUGGGGCUGAUGGACUGCGCAGCACUCAUCACCUCUUCAUAACGUUGUACUCAGAGAAAAGUCAAACUGAUAAUUUAAUGGAAUAUUUACAUGAAGAAUGCGAGUAAGCAAACAUGAAAAAGAAUGUAAAGUUAAACGUGAAGGUGGUUUAUUAUUUUUGGGAACAAUGUUUGUACUUCAUAUGUUAUUCUUACAUGUUUUUAUGUCGGAUUUUCAUGUCUAAUGCAGGAGAUAUAUCUUUGUGUGAAGAAAUAUUGAAGUCAGUUUCAUAAUUGUGCACAUGGGUGUGAUAAGGAGAGCUGGAUUGUUAACUGAUCACUCAAUGGUCAGUGAAUGGGAUUUGGUUUACAUAGUCUCUAGUUAAUCUCAUUAUUUGCUCAAAUUUGUUUCCUCAUAUAUGAAAGUUGUUGCUUUUUGUAAUAUUUACCUCAAUUGAAAGUGGAGAUCCCAGCAGUGGGUGGAAGUUGUUGUUAACGCAAUAUCGUUGUUCGGUUAAAAGAUGCACUUCUUUACUUUACUUCUUUACUUUUCACUUGUUUUCUGCAAGGGUCUGGUCCUAUCCAGUGUGACAAAGUUACAACUGGAUUUUUUAAUAAAUAAAUUGUGCUGUAUAUAUUUUAAAUAUUCAAAUCUUAUUGUAAGAGUGUGGAAAGCAAA